UCCCCAUAAGUCUGUCGAAGACGACCCGUCGCAUUGAUGAAGCGCAUCAAGGCCUUCACCCCCUUCUCCGUGUUGCCAGUCCGAACGUCCAGAGAAGUAUUAAACACGUCGAUUAUAUGAGAUAUGAAGCUGAGAGCGUAUGUUUUUGGAGUGUAUCUACUUCUGUACUCGUAUGCUUUUCGGGGUCCCAGUAGGGGUACCACGCGGAGCGGAGUCAAGAAGCGUCCUGUGAAGCUCAAAGAUCCUCGCGACCCACGCUACCCAGCCAAGCGCCAUCUUCUGGGAGCAAGUACGUGCUGUACGUUAUCUAUGCACGCGUGUCGACGUAUCAGCGCAUCAAGUAGCCCACCACGUUUUCAGCAUCACCACCAUAUCGAUAUCAUCGCGCAAGCAUGCGCACCCGAAAGAGGGGAGCCAAUCCUACAUUAGCCUGAGUAUGGUCUUUCUUGGUUUGAAUGCAUAUAGACCAUAUGAAAUUGAGU